CUCUCUCUCUCUCUCUCUCGCUGAGACACACACACAAUAAACGAAGAAUCUAUAAUAGUCUUGAACCCUUGUUUUCUGCAUCGCUUGAAGCUCACACAACCAUCCAUGGCAGACCCUUACUCCCAUUUCUUCAAGAGACACUUCUCCUACUAUCCUUUCUCCCCAUCAAAUCCUCCCCUCCCUCCCCCUCUCCCCCCUCAACCAUCUUCAUUUUCCCUCCCUUCCUACAGCUACUACACCAAUUACAACCACAACUACAACACCUUCCUCCAAAACACAAACCUGAAUCCCCCCCAAUCUCCCCCUCUUUCCCCUCCCCUAAGAGAAGCCCUUCCCCUCCUCAACCAAAGCCCCCAAAACCACCAAGAAAUCGAAGCCGAAGCAGAGUCAAAGAAGAAAAGAGCCACCUUUGAAGAUGAUGAGGAUGAAGAUGAGACCGAAGGUGCAGUUACAGUUGCCCUCCACAUAGGCCUCCCGAGCCCCACAGCUGCUGAUCUCAUCUCCAGAAUUUCUUCUGCAACUGUGGAGGAAGGCCACAAUCAUGAACAAGAUGAUGAGGAUGGAAGCAGCAACAUCAACAUCCCACUUGGUUGCCCUACCAUUGGCAAGCUCACCAAAGGCCAAUACUGGAUCCCAACCCCUUCGCAGAUCCUCAUUGGACCCACACAGUUCUCAUGCCCAGUCUGCUGUAAAACCUUCAACAGAUACAACAACAUGCAGGUCACAAUUCUCACACCUUCUUUCCUCCCCGCCUCCGGCGGCGCGGCGGCCUGCCGCAACAACAUUGACCACCCGAGAGCCAAGCCGCUCAAAGACUUCCGCACGCUUCAAACGCAUUACAAGCGGAAGCACGGCAUCAAGCCUUUCAUGUGCCGCAAGUGCGGCAAAGCGUUCGCCGUUCGUGGGGAUUGGAGGACACACGAGAAGAACUGCGGGAAGCUCUGGUAUUGCACUUGUGGGUCCGAUUUUAAGCACAAGAGAUCCCUUAAGGACCAUAUCAAGGCGUUCGGGCAUGGCCAUGCAGCUUAUGGGAUCGAUUGUUUUGAGGAGGAUGAUGAUCCGGCUUCUGAGAUUGAGCAGGAUUUGAGGGGGAGAAGAUAGAUUGGGUGAGGAAUGGUGGGGCUAUGGCUACAUGUUGAAUUGUUUAUGUUUUAGAGUGGAUAUGGAGAGAAGAAUGGGGAAAUAUUUAUUAGCUUGUUUAGGCAUGUAAAGGAAAAGAAUUUGUUUUUGGUUCAUUUUUCAUGGCUUCUUUCUUUUUCUUUUCUUUGUUGUUGGUUGGUUGUUGGUGUUUUAGUUUACUUUCUAUCACUAUAUAAAUCUU